UCAAGAAAAUUCUCUGUGAUAUUGACCAGGAUUUUUUUCUCUCUUUUUUAACGAGUUGAUUCUAACUAUAACACUUUAAUUUACAUCAACAUAUUGGUUCCAUAUGGAGAUUUGGAAACUGUCAGCAAUAAUGUUCACAAUUCUCAUGUACAGCGUCCAAAGUUUGUCUUUUACCCACUGGAUUUCAGAUAACUGGGGGAAUGAUCCGAUGGACGAGGGAAUCGCCAGUGAAGCGGCGGCUCUGCUCAAGAGAUCCAGAUCUCAUCAGUUCUACGGGCUAAUGGGAAAACGCUCUGAGAUCCUUGAGCCUGUGAGAAUUGAUCGCAGAAGGAAUAAAGGUGAUAUGUUUGUAGGACUCAUGGGUAGGAGAUCUUUAGCAGGUCCGGUGAGAAAAUCAUUUUCAGAGACCAGCACAGCGAUGAACAAUCCUGUAGAUCUGAACAAACGAUCAGAUCUGCAGGAGGAAUGGGACAAACUGCAGUACUACUGAUGAUGAAUAAAAGAUCAAUGUGUUGUUAACGUUGUAUUAAAGAUUUCUGUGGUGAUAAUCAUUAACCCCAGUGUGUUAAAAUACAGUUAUUAUAACUGUUCAUAAGAGCACUGUUAUUUUUAAAGAGUACGUGUCUUGCUUCAGAUAUAACAACUUCAAAUAAAUCUUUCAACACAAGAAACCACAAACAAUUCAUGAAGAGAAUAAAAGUGUAUUUAACAGACUGAAAAUCUCAUCAUUUUUAGCAAGGCCGCAAAUUUUUCACUACAUUCAACUGCUAAAGAUUUUUUUUUUGUUUAAAAAAAUUAAAACAAUAUACGCCAGGGCAAAGAAAUUAUUUGGCCAGGGAAACAUCACGAAAUCUGAAGCAUCCAAAAAUAAAUAGCACUGUAUAAAACAAAAGUGUGAGAUUUCAGAGGUACGUAAAAAAGACAAAAA